AAAAAGAAGAAAAAAAAUCAACCAGGUGGUAUGUGUUUGAAUAUUGUAAAUCUAGUGUUUGAUUUUCACCGAGUGAUACCACAUAUUUACUCGACCCAUGCUCAUCAGGAAAAAACCGCUUUCUCGGUGACUUGUAAACUAUUCAGCUGAAGUCAGAGGUGUUCAUAUUAUGUUCGAAAGUUGAAUGUUAUAUUAAGUUGUAAAUGUGCGAGGAAACGAGAAGUGCCGAAUGUUUACUGCAGAAUGACAUCGUUAUCUUUUUUUGAUUGUAAAAAGGUUUGUACUUGCGGCGAAAGAUAUCAUGAAUUGCAUUUGAAUUGAAGUUCUGCGUCACUUCAUCUCGGCAGGUAACUUCGCCACCUAAAGAGGGCAGAGGUGUAAGUUUCCGUCAAACGAAGAAAUAUGAUGUCUGUAAACUUCAACAACAGUUCCAUCUUAAGCGCAUACGACUCUACUGAAAGACAUCAAGCUUCAGCGGAGCGCAUCGUACGUAUCGUGUUUGUGUGGAUAAUCAUCGUAGUUGGGCUUGUUGGUAACUCUUUCAUCGUUGCUGUACUCAAAAUUUUCCCCAGAAUGAGAACGACCACCAACUAUCUUCUUGUCAACGUAGCCGCCGCAGACAUAACAACCCUGUUAUUCACGGCAAUGCACCUCAUUCCGAUCCGGGGCCCCUUCCCAAAUGGCGCUCUUGGCAGCUUCCUUUGUAAGUUUGUUUAUACCAACAACAUCACCAUGGUUACAUUGCUGGUAACUACAAUGACGCUAACUCUUCUAGCUGUAGAGAGGUACCACGCUCUGGUGAAACCGCUGAUCACAUCACGGAGGGUCAACACCGACAACAUUGCUUACAUCAUAGUCGGCAUUUGGUUUGUUGCUAUAGCGAUGGUUUUGCCGCUGUUUGUGUCGGUCGAUCAUCGCCCCAACUCCAACAGUCUUUGCUCUCCAGGUAACAAAAUGGAUGAGAUGAAGGUGUACGUGUAUUGUCUUAUGGCCCUACUCACAAUAAUCCCCUUCCUUGCUAUCGCGUUCUGCUAUUUCCGAAUUAUCUCCGGCUUGUAUUUUGAAAACACGAUUUGUAGCAGAGGGCAAGGACCUAGCACGCCACAAGAAUUGGGAGAGAAAAAGAGACUUGUCGUACUUCUCAUGGUUCUAACGUCAGUUUUUUUCGUCGCAUAUGUUCCUUAUGGCGUAGCGCUUAUUCUGCAGUUUAGCGGAAUGGCCAACAGCAGCGAUGAAAAACGCGUUAUCUUUAGUCGCUUCAAGACCGCCGUGCAAUAUUUAACGCUUCUCAAUUGUUCCACCAAUCCUUUUAUCUAUGCAAUCCCGAGUACCAACUACAGAUGCUGCUUUAGGUACAUCAUCAAGAAAAUAUUAUUUCGGAAUACCAGAGAGGAGGUUCACGCUAUUGGUCUUAAACGAAGAAGCCUACCGGAAGUUGUUUAAGAGCAGGAAAAUCCUGAAAUGCUUUGAUCUCGUCUUUCGGAAUAAUAUGGAAGAGGUUUCGUGCAACUUGACUAAAACGAUGAAGCCUACCAAAAAUUGUAAGAGCAGAAAAACCCUGAAAUUAUUUGAUCUUGUUAUCUAUAUCUAUCUAUCAAUUGCUUACCAAGUGGGAGGUCCAUACUGCGAAAAACUCCGUACAAGCAGUCUUUUUCCAAUAAACAUCGACCCAAACCGGCCUGUCAUUAAUUGGGUUAUAAGACGUUUUCAGAUCGGAAUUUCCUCAGACAAUGUGCAAGAGACUAUAAUUUCUUGAUGUGCACCAUCUAAAAACCGUUAAAUAUUAUGAGAUAAUGGUAAAGUGAAUAGCCUUAAACCAUUAACUCCCGAGUGGUCCGUCUACUUUAACCGUGAAAUAUGAAAUUCUGAGAAACGAGAAGAACAUGUACAUUGCGUGGUAAAUUUGUAUGUAUCAUUUUCUUCCAAAACAAACGAUAAAGAAAUUAUAAAAGUUAAAUUUAGAGAUAAAAAUGUUUAAAUAGAUUAUCCAAAUUGUAUGCGCCCUUCCGUGCAUGUGUAUCUUGCCAUAUCAAAUGUUAUUUGUAUGAUACUGAUGAUAAUAAAAUAACAAAUAGCUCA